AUGAAACGCCAAGAUCCCUCCAUGUCAUCGGUGGGUCCCCAUAACUUCGAUCCAUGAGAUUCUGGAUGCGAUGUCCUAUGAUAUCAUGUGGGGACAUGCCGUUUUGGAGCCAAUAGCUACAGCCCCGCGCCACGACAUCCGAAUAGAUUUUUUGACAUCUAGGGUUUUUUAAAUUUUUUUCGAAACAUUCAAGUUUCCCUCUAAAUGCUCUCUGUGGAGAAUUCCCGAUGAAAGUUUGAAUGAUGGCUUACACAAACCGUAACCAAGACAGGCAGAGGAAUACCCUUUCACGUCUCCUGUUACCAAUAAUCUGACGGUAGGGGAAACAAUUUCAGGGCUAAAUAUUCCUUAAAAGAUUCGCAAUCAGGGAUUGCCAUAAAAUGAACAAUACAAGUUCAGUUCAGAGGACUUCAAGGUCUGGGAGACCAUCGGUGUUUCGCAGAGAUUUAUUAACACCCUCCCCCAUAUCAAGAAGGUCAUCUCAGAAAAAUGCAUUCGGCACACCCGUUCAAACAGCAACAGGCACUCCUUUAUCGAGGGAAAACAGUCUCGUUGGUGGUACUGAUGCUCCCCCUCCGCCAAAUUUUACUCUGGACGAGCGCCUUGAUUCCUUUCCAGAGGCUAUCGGUUCAUGGGAUUAUGCUACGGCCUCUCCUGAGUCCAGGCCAUCACCCCAAUUCAGGUCAAGUUUGUCUUUCUUGGGUACUAAUGCGGGUGACCCAUUUACACCUAUGAGAAGUUACAGUGGUAAUCUGAGAUCAGGACUGGGUAACGCUCCCAUUGAAACACCAAAUACAACCCAAGAAGCAGUGCCAAAUUAUGCAUUGGGAGCUAGUAAUCAAGGUGCUUCACAGAACCAUGCUUCUGGAAUUAUUAGUUCCAGUUGGCGGCCUCUGGGGAACGAGGGGAGCUGGGAGGUGGGAGAGAGAGGGGGAAGAGUGAUCAAUAUGUCAGGAGUGGUUCAACAGCAGCAGCAGCAGCAGCAGUCUGGUGGAUUGCUUACGCUUCCAUCUUCAGGAGAGAUUGUGAGACCAGAUAUCCAUAGGGAUGGUGGCUUCAGUGAUAGAGUUGCAGACGAAGAAGAAUGGGUUACUGUUUUUGGCUUCAGUCCAAGCGAUACAAACCUAGUGUUCAGGGAAUUUGAAAAAUGUGGCAUAAUAUUGAAACACAUUCCAGGGCCAGGAGACUCCAACUGGAUGCAUAUUUUAUAUCAGAAUCACUAUGAUGCACAAAAAGCCCUCCAAAAGAAUGGAAUGCAAAUCAAUGGGAUAUUGAUUAUAGGUGUGAAACCCACUGAUACUCAUCAGCGAAUGGCUUUAAGUGACAAGUCUAAUAAUGGCUUCAUGAUAUUGCCUCCCCAUUCACAUGGGAGAGCUUUGGCUUUAGAGCCAUCUACAAAGAUGGUUUCCCGACCUUACUAUCUUCAAUCAAAAGAAACAACUCAACAUCCUACGAGUGCCAUGGCUUCACCUUCUAAGUCAACCAUAUCAAAAAUAGUUGACUACAUGUUUGGAAUUUAGACUUUGUGCUUACAUAAUAAGGUAUGAUAAAAGCAAUCAUGAUUAGGUAUAAUUUUUUGCAGUCAAAAUUUGUAUGUGAAAUUUUUGCCAAUUCAUUAUUUGGUAUUACUUUUCCUGUCAAAAUUUGCAUUUGACAGUUUUUCCCA